AUGGCAGCCACAGAUUUCGAAGUUCGAGAAAUCACUACGAAAGACGAAUUUGCCCGCUUGAAUGAUGUUCUCUGGACUUCCAACUUCCAUCCAUACGAACCCGCAUUUAUCAUCUUCCACGCCGUCAACGGCCAUACGGCAGAAGACCGUGCCAAAGACAAAGCCACAGAUACAGACCUUCAAUGGACCAAGCACGAGCAGACCCCGGGUUCUCACUACAUCUACGCCAUCGAAAAAUCAACCGGCCGAGUCGUAGGCGGCUGUGAAUGGAUAUUCUACCACUCGAAUCCUUUCCCUAAUGGCCCUGGCCCCGUACCUUGCACCUGGUACCCCGCCGGAUCCGACCGCGCUGAGUACGCCUCCCACGUCGCGACUCAAUUCCUGCGUCCACGACAGUACUGGUUCCAGCGGCCUCAUGCAGGUGUGUUAUAUGUUGACGAAGACGGGGGAUAA